AUGUCGGACGCAAAUAAUGAAACUCCCUCCCUCCCUAAGGACAUCGAUACUUAUCUCAGGAAAUUAGAAGAGACCAAAGUGCCUGUCCCUGACAUUGAUUUUACAGUUCAUGAAAUGGAUGAUGGUAGCAAGGUUUCAACCUUGGAUCGAUAUUGUAAAGACGUUCAGGCACCCGCUGUUCAGAUACCUACAUCUGAUGAAUUCUUUUCAAAGGAAGACCCAGAAAAACCAGAUAUCGCGUUUUUAAAGAAUCAUUUUAUUCGCGAAGGAAGAAUUUCAGAAGAACAAGCUUUAUACAUUAUUAGUAAGGGUACUGAAAUAUUAAAACAAGAACCAAAUCUAUUGGAAGUGGAUGCUCCUAUAACAGUAUGUGGUGAUAUCCAUGGACAAUAUUAUGAUUUAAUGAAAUUGUUCGAAGUGGGCGGUAAUCCUGCUGAAACUCGCUACCUCUUUCUCGGUGAUUAUGUUGAUAGAGGUUAUUUCUCCAUUGAAUGUGUUCUUUAUUUGUGGGCAUUAAAAAUAUGGUAUCCCAAUACACUAUUUUUAUUACGUGGCAAUCAUGAAUGUCGUCAUCUUACGGACUAUUUCACAUUUAAGUUGGAAUGCAAACAUAAAUAUACUGAAAAAGUAUAUGAUGCUUGUAUGGAAUCUUUCUGCGCACUUCCACUCGCUGCAAUAAUGAACAAACAAUUCUUGUGCAUUCAUGGUGGUUUGUCACCUGAAUUGAAUACUUUGGAGGAUUUGCGCAGUAUUAAUCGAUUCAGAGAACCUCCAACGCAUGGUUUAAUGUGCGAUUUAUUAUGGGCUGAUCCCUUAGAAGAAUUUGGGCAAGAAAAGACAAAUGAAUGCUUUGUACAUAAUCACGUUCGAGGAUGUUCGUAUUUUUUCAGUUAUCACGCGGCCUGCAACUUUUUGGAAAAAAAUGGAUUGUUAUCUAUUAUUCGUGCGCAUGAAGCUCAAGAUGCUGGUUAUCGAAUGUAUCGAAAGACAAAGACAACCGGCUUUCCUUCAGUAAUGACAAUCUUUUCUGCUCCUAAUUAUUUGGACGUAUAUAAUAACAAAGCGGCCGUAUUGAAGUAUGAAAAUAAUGUCAUGAAUAUUCGUCAAUUCAAUUGUACACCUCAUCCUUAUUGGUUACCAAAUUUUAUGGACGUGUUUACUUGGUCUCUCCCUUUUGUUGGCGAAAAAAUUACGGAUAUGCUUCUUGUAAUCUUAAAUAUUUGUAGCAAGGAAGAAUUAGAAGAUGAUGAACUUUUAUCAUCGGGAACUAAAUCACCAGAAACACCAACAGAUGGUUCGGAGAGGCGCCAAGUAAUCAAAAAUAAGAUUUUGGCAGUUGGCAAAAUGGCUAGAGUAUUCUCUGUCCUUAGGGAAGAGUCGGAACGUGUUAUGGAGUUAAAGAAUGUAACAGGUACUGGAAAAUUACCAUAUGGCACUCUGGCUUUGGGAGCUGAAGGAAUCAAAAAAGCUAUCACUUCGUUUGAGGAAGCACGUCGAUCAGAUAUUGAAAAUGAACGGUUGCCACCAACUCGACAAGAAGCCGAUGCAGUAGAACAUGCAAAAACUAAAAAGGCAAUUGAUGCCGCUAUUGAAGAAGCAAAUCAUGAUCCAGGAUUGGCGGAAGUUGCAGAGAUCUUUGUUAAAGAAGAUGAAAAAAGAAGAAGUUUAAAAGAAGCUGCAGUUAUUGCUAGCUAG